AUGAAGAAACUUAAUUUGGAUUGGGGAGCCGAAUCAAAUCAAAGGUUAAAUGACUUCAAUAUGAUUGAUGAGUUUCGCCUAAAAGCGAAUGAAAAUUCAGCCUUGUACAAAGAGAAUAUGAAGAGGUAUCAUGAUCAACGAAUUGACAACCCAGAAUUUGUUGUGGGUGAUCUUGUGCUUCUAUUCAACUCUAGGCUGCUCUUAUUUUCGGGCAAACUCAAGUCCAAAUGGACCAAGCCAUUAUUAGUCACGAAGGUCUUGCCCAAUGGUGCGGUGGAGCUUGAGAAUAGUGAAGGAACAAGGUUCUUGGUAAAUGGACAAAGGAUCAAGAUCUAUCUGGGAAAUUCAAAGAGUGUGCAAGGGGAUUUUGAGGCCUACUAUCUUGAUUAA